ACUCCUUCUCCUCCUCCAAUCACCAACGAAACGUGAGUAACGACCAGAAGACUCGACACGGGCAAUGGCACGGAUGACCACACAUCCCAAUAUCUGCUCAGCGACCCAUCAUGGGUCGCGAUGGUUACGAGCACAAAACCUUAAUGUCAUAGUUACUCUGAGCCGUCGAGAGAUGCGCGCGCGAGAGGCGCGAGGAGGAGGAUCGAGAUCCCCAUCAUCCCAUGCUCACCAAGGCUGACACCCUCCGCCUCCUCUUACUCUUCUCGCCGCUCCUCAGCAUGUCAGACAGUGCUGAGCUGAAAUACACCUCCAACCAGCAACUCGAACACCUCCACGCUCGAUACGUCGGUACCAUCCACCCGGAUAUCACCAAGCACGAGUGGCUCGUCCACCAGCAUCGGGAUACUGCUGCUUCCAUUGUCGGGCAUCCGAUGCUGCACUCCUUUAUCGCGCUGGCCGAGGGGGAGAGCAAGGCGAGAGUGGCUGCUGGGUUGAAGGAGAAGAUGAUGAUGCCGUGUGGGCCGAGGCCGGAGAUGGGGGAGUAGGCGCGGCGUUGGGGGGAGGAACAUAAUGCGAUUCUUGGAGGCGAAUGCGGGGGCGAAGACGGAACCUCUGCUCUGUAUUACUAGCUAUCAAUCAUACCCACAUCUGCGAGUCUAUC